AUGAUGAAUUGGACAUAUUUUAUUAUUUUAUUAUUAUUCCUACCGAAUGUACUCGCGUAUGAUUGUCAAGAAAUUUGUAAUUUAACUGUCUAUGUUUAUGAAAACACACCGAACAAAGAAUUACAAUGGAAUCUUAUUGAAUUACUAUCAAAUCGAACGUCGACGUCAUUGCCAUUCGAACAUUAUCAAUAUUCUCUCUCACAACCAUCGGAUUAUUUCGAAAUCGAUUCUCCAGUAUUAAAAUUUCGUUCGAUUGAAUUAGAUCGCGAACAAAUCUGUAAUAAAAUCUUCAGUUCCGACGAUGAAUGUUCAUUACAACUACAAAUUUUCACUCCCACAUCAUUUAUCAUCUUAUUUAAAUUAGUUAUCUUAGAUAUUAAUGAUUGGAAACCAUCUUUCUCCAACGAUCAUAUUCAUAUAAACAUCCGAGAGAAUCUACCAAUUGACUAUCGGGUACAAUUACCCAUUGCUUAUGAUCAUGACUCAUCGAAAUAUAAUAUCGAUCAUUAUGAAAUUAUCAAUGAGGAAAUCUCGUUGAAAGAUAUUUUUCAAUUGGAAGAAAUUCAUGAUGAACUCAGACUAAAAUUACUGAAGAAACUCGACUGCGAACAGAGAAAUAAUUAUCAAUUACAAAUCGUGGCGAUCGACAAAGGUGGAUUGCAAUCGAAUGUUCUACAUGUCAAUAUCACCAUCGAUGAUUUGAAUGAAUUUCAACCACGCUUCAAACAGCGUCUUUAUCACACACGCAUACCAGAAGAUACUCCCGUUUCAAACCGAUCAAUUCUCAAUAUUCUGGCAACGGACGAUGAUUGUUAUGAUAAAAUUAUUCUUUAUUCGCUUUUACCAGGUGAUAUCUCAAUAAAUGACGUCUUUCCAUUUGAGAUCAACAAAUACACAGGAUCGGUUUAUGUUACUCAUAAACUUGAUUACGAGAAAGUAUCAACAUACCGAUUUCGUGUCAAAGCAUCGAAUGUUGAUAAGAUAACUUCGAGUAUUGUCUCAGUUAUUAUUGACAUAACAGAUACAAAUGAUAAUCAACCAUUGAUUCAAAUCAAUAUUCUUAACGAUUAUAAAUCUGUUGAUUUCAACGAAGAACGGGAAGAUUUUAUCAUUAAUAUCAAUGAAAAUAUCCGUUUAGGACAAGUUAUAGGAACGAUUUUGAUACGCGACAAUGAUUCAAUGAUGGUGAAUAGGAAAUUAUCAUUGAAAAUUCUUUCCUGUUGGCCAUUAAAAAAUCCCUGUCCAAUUGAAUUAGAUUCUGGCUUUGGGAAUAGUGAUGAGAGUACACUAGCAUCUACAAAUUAUCUCAUUCGGACAUCACGACAACUGGAUAGCGAAAAUGGUGAUGGGAGGUUUACGGUUAUACUUGAAGCGCGAGAUUAUGGCGAACCAUCAUUGAUUAGUCAACGUCGUUUAUCGAUUGUUGUUCAUGAUCAAAAUGACUGCAUACCAAAGUUUACCCAAUCGAAUUAUAAAUUUCGUUUGUCCGAAUCGACUCCGAUCGGUUUUUCGAUUGGUCAUAUUCAAGCUAUUGAUCAUGAUCUAUCAUCAACUUUCCAUCAGAUUCAAUAUAAGUUUCUCAAUCAUGAGUACAAUCGAUACAUUCGAAUCGAUUCCAACAAUGGAAGUAUCUAUCUAGUGGAAAAACUCUCAGCGGGCAUGUCACUAAACGUAUCGGUACUAGCAUUUGAUAAACAAAAUCAAUCAUUGUACGAUCGAGCGAAUGUACAAAUCCUAUCCUACGAUGAAGAAGCAUGUUUACCCACAUUCACUCAAACAUUGUACGUUUUCAACACGACAGAACAUCGAACAACACCAUACGAACUCGGUCAAAUUUCGGCGGAUAGUUGUUUAUCCACAUCGAUUCCGUACUCGUAUCAUUUUGUCUUAGAUAAAAGCUUGCCAUUUUCGAUCGAUAGCAACACAGGACGAAUUACAGUCACGAACGAAUUAGAUCGUGAGAAACAAUCGUUUUACAAAUUUUUCGUUGAUUCUUUUAAUCACAAAAAUCAUCAAACAAGUCGAACUGAAGUACAUAUCAACGUUCUCGAUGAAAAUGAUCAUUAUCCAAUAUUCGAUAAUUCAAUAAACAACGCUCGAGAACAGAUUGUGUUCAUCAAUCGAACAGCGUCCAUCACACGUCGGCAUGAGAAAAACCAAACAACAAAUCAAAUCUUCAUCGCAAGAAUCUACGCCACUGAUGAUGAUCAAGGUUCAAAUGGUCUUGUAAACUAUUAUUUUACCCAUAAUGAUAAUUACGCGUAUUUUCAUCUGUAUACAAAUGGUUCAAUUGUUUUAUAUAAUCAAAACAAUCUUCAUCUACCCUAUCGGUUAGAAAUCUAUGCACGUGAUCAGGGUAAUCCAGUACCAUUCAAUUCGAAAGAAAGUAUUGUCAUAUACAUAUGUGAUGAUUUGAAACGAGAAGAAUGUCCAAUCGAUGAGUCUUAUCAACAAGCAGAUUGGCUGUAUCCAUCGGAUAAUAACAAUAAUAACAGUCCAUUAAAAUUGAAUCGUCUAUCAACGAAUUUCUAUUUGGGUUCGAUAUUCAUUAUGAUAUCAAUACUCUUAUUUGUGGUCAUUAUUAUUUUCUGUAUUGUUUGGAAUUUUAUUAUCAAAAAACAAUAUAAAGAUGAGAAAGAGAAAAUACACCAGAAUGGAUUGAAAUCAUCGACAGAAUCAUACAAUUGUCGAGUGGAAGCACGAAAAAAUCUCCUCGUUUCCGAUAGUCUUUGUGAUGCAUCACCGAUCAUAAUGGAUGGGAAACAACGUUUGAAAUCUGUUGCUGUUUAA